UCGACUUUGGCUCAACUAUCUGUGUGCAGUAACGAGCUGCACAUAUGGGACUAUGAAUGCGGUUCCUGAUGAGCUCCAACUCUUUGUCUUUGGGAGGAGGAGAAAGAGGUUGUGCCCAGAGCUGGAGGAUCUGCCCUGUGCCCUCUGAGACCCUCGCCCGACGGUGGGCUCCUGGAGAAUGCUCGCUUGUUUGGCCAGGGGGAAUUUACUGGAUAUUCUUCAGGAGGGCUUCACGGAGCAACAACUUCAGGCAUAUGUGGCCUGGGUGAAUUCCCAGCUGAAGAAGAAGCCAACAAUAAAGCCAGUCCAAGACCUGCGACAGGAUCUCAGAGAUGGAGUCAUUCUUGCUUUGCUCAUUGAGAUUGUGGCUGGUGAGAAGCUGAACGGCAUUCAGGUCAACCCCACCAGCUCACAGGAGAUGAGGGAAAAUGUGGAGAAAGUCUUGCAGUUUGUGGCAUCAAAAAAGAUCCGCAUGCAUCAGACAUCAGCAAAGGAUAUCGUUGACGGGAACUUGAAAUCUAUCAUGAGGUUGAUCCUAGCCUUAGCUGCUCAUUUCAAACCAGGCUCUGGGAGAGCGAUGCACCACAGCCCUGCUGGCACAGUGGGGAAGAGCUCAUCUGCUUCAUCUGCCAGCCACCACCGGCCUCGCUCGGCAGCUGCAGUGGCCCAAGGGGCAGUGGCUGCUCUGGCAGAUGUGCGUCAAGACGUCUUGCAAUCCGGGCGAGAUGUUUUCCGGCACAGACAGAGAAACAGCAGCAUGGAUGAGGAGAUCGAAAACCCCUACUGGAGUGUGCGGGCACUGGUGCAGCAAUACGAAGGGCAGCAGAACAUGCCAGUGGAGUCCCACUCUGUCAGUCUUACAUCUCCCAGUCCUAUCCAUAGUGCGAAGAGUGACUCCACUGUAACCCCAUCAGAGGAGAAGGAAAGACUUGUGAUCAGCCAGACUGAAGAAACAGAAACCAGAACAGAAGAGAUAGAAGCUCAUUUCCAGCCUGAGUGGCAAGCAGGAAACCCUGGGUCAUUUUCAGAGAAUUCAUGGGAGGUGCAGCUUUUGGAACAACAAGACCAUUUGGAAAAGGAAAUGGAGGAAGCAAAGAAGAUGAUUUCUGGUUUGCAGGCUUUGUUGCUCAAUGGGUCUCUACCUGAGGAUGAACAGGAGGGGUCCUUUGAACUUUCUGAACGCGGAGCCUGUCCUGAAGAGCAGCUGAUCAUAAUCCGAAGUCGCCUGGACCAGAGCGUGGAAGAAAAUCAAGACCUAAAGAAGGAGCUUUUGAAAUACAAACAAGAAGCUCGAAACCUACAGGGGAUAAAGGAUGCUCUGCAGCAAAGGCUGAUUCAACAAGAUGCUUCAGUCCUUCAGCUAAAGCAGGAACUGCUGAGAGCAAACAUGGACAAGGAGGAGUUGCACAACCAGAACGUUGACCUUCAGAGGAAGGUUGAAGAGAGAAACCGGCUACUGGCAGAAUAUAAAAAAGAACUUUGCCAGAAGGAUCGGCAUUUACAGCAGCAUCAGACCAAACUGGAUGAAAUGCUUCGGCAGCUUUCUGAGGCCAGCUACCAACAGGUGGAUUUGGAGCGGGAGCUGGAGCACAAGGAGGCCCUGCUGGCUCACUGCAUGAAGAGGGAAGCUGAGGAGGUGAUGGCUCACAGUGGUCACAGUGCUCAGAGCAACGGCUUCCUCCAGACAGCAGGAAAAGGAGCUGCUCCCACAGCCCACCGAGGGACAAAUGACUUGCAGCUCAUUCGUGAUGCCCUUCGCAGCCUCAGGAACAGUUUCAGUGGCCAUGAUCCGCAGCACCACACUAUUGACAGUCUGGAGCAGGGCAUCUCCAGCCUGAUGGAGCGACUCUACCGCAUGGAAACACAGAAGAGGCAAGAGAGAAGGAUCCGGGGGAAAUCGCCAGCAAGCAGAGCAACAAAUGAGUGUAGAGACUCCUGGCCUCCCAAAUCCAAACUGCCUCAUUCUCACAGCACCCCAGUGAUGAGCACCAGUGCCUGCACCAAAGUGCUGUACUUCACCGACCGCUCCCUCACGCCUUUCAUGGUCAGCAUACCAAAGAGGUUAGGGGAAGUGACUCUGAAGGAUUUUAAGGCAGCUAUUGAUCGUGAAGGAACCCACCGGUACCAUUUCAAAGCCCUGGAUCCAGAGUUUGGCACAGUCAAGGAGGAGGUAUUCCAUGAUGACGACAUCAUUCCUGGUUGGGAGGGAAAAAUUGUGGCCUGGGUGGAAGAAGACCAUGGGGAGAAUUAAUCAAGCUUUUAAGUCUUGUCACUAUGGAAACGCGUAACUGACUGCUGAGUUCAAAGAAUGACCAAAAAGCCUGUGUGCUGGAAGGAGUCCAACCCAAGCUGCUAAAACAGGGCUUCUCUGCGAACAGUGGGUGAUGCAUGCUGCGUGCAUGGAUGCCUGGCAUCUGACUCUCCAUGGCCAAACGCAGUGUUUGAGACUGAAAUGACAGGUCUGUGGGAAAGAAGCACUGUGCUUUGUCCUGUCUACUGAACCCUGGAGGCCUUAAUGAUGCAUUGCUCCCUUCUCCUGCUUCUUCGUUCUGCAGCAGUACGGGCUGCAGGCUGAUCUGGGCAUUUCAAGUCUGGUUUCUUGUAUGUGAUAUUACGUAAAUCUGCACUGAUGGCAAAAUUGUGAAGCUUUGCCUUUAUGAGUCAGAAGAAGCCGCUAGUGUAUGCAAGCUGAAGGUUUGACCGGCUUUGGUCCUGGACUUGAAUGUGCUGCAGGAGCAGAGUGAUCUGGAGCUUCCAGACAGGCAGGAUAGAAGUCGGACCUGGGGAGGGAAGACAGUCUUCUGGAGGCUUUGUGCAGGGUCUAAAGCAAAGAUCACCAGCUUGGCAAAGCUCCCUUUCUACCAAACUCGGGCUUCAUUUCCUAGCACUGCUUUUCCCACUUGCUCUCCAAAGCUGUACUUGCCUCCUAGGCUCUCUGGGUUUGCUUUGUUGCCAUGGGGACUGUGGGAUUGUGGUGCUUGCUUAUUUGCUAACGGAUUUCAUGUGCAGGGAAGCUGGAAUCUGCUACUUCCCUGGUGUACCGAUAGCCACUUUCCUUGUUGAGCCUCUUCCCCUGCACUCCUGCCCUCUCCUCUUUCAGCAAGGCAGUUUGUCACCUGUGCACAGGCAUUGCUGUGUGCUGCUGCCCACUCAUUGCCAGGGCCACCAAACACCCACCAGUUCCACCACCAGUUUCCUGCUAUGCCUGCUCUUGGGAUGCCUGAAGGAUCAGGAAAUAAAUGACUGGGAAAGAACGAGCCCUAAAAAUCCCUGGGGGUGGGUUUUCUUUAUGGUUCUGUGGGUUGGUUGGUUUGUGCAUCGCUUAUUGCUGCCCUCCUGCCGCUUCGGUUGUAUUUCCCAAGUGCUGGCAGCGAUGUGCAAUGGGCACUGCCAACUCGGAACAUCAAAUGGGUACGUCAAAACUCUGCUCAUUCCUGGUACUUGUGGCUCUUCCGUGGGCCCACCGGGUAUGUGCUGUGCAUGAGCAUGGGAGAGGGUGAGCCUGGUUGUGCCGUUUUAUAUUAACACGUCCUUUUGUAAACAUGUUCCUGUUCUUGGAAUUAUUUUGUACCAGUUCACAUUUGUCUGAGGGCUGUGGGAUAUUUUUCUACUAGUGCAAGUGCUUUCUGUAUAUUUCUGCACGCAUUGUACUGUGUUUUUUCUCAUUUUCUAGUGGAUGCUGAGAUGUUUUGUAUAGUCUCCUGUUAAUGCUACACUGGGCUCAUGACUUUACUAUGGAAAUGCAACUGGUUCCUACUGGGUUUUAUAUUUUUGCCAGCUUUAAUAGGCAGCAACAAUUACUAUUUAUUUUCUCACUGCUUUGCUGUCCAGGAGGUUGCUUCAGGUUCUGAUGUGACUCUGUGCCACUUUGGCACAACACAACCUGCCUCCUGUUCUGGACAGCAUGUUAUGGUGACUUUCUCCUUGUAGACAGCAGUAGGAAAGCUUGUUGAUGGGCUGCAGUGAGGGAAUACAUCUCUCCUGGAAAAGAAACAAAGAUUUUCUUGCUCCUUGGAAAUAGUUGCUCUGUUGCGUGAUCUCUGGUGGUUGGUAAAGAGAGCAUGGGGUUGUACUGAAAUCCAUUGUGUUUCAAUUGCAAAUGUUUCUCAAGUGUUCCUUUUCCUCAGGUUUUACUCGGCAAUUUUGUUUCAGUGAGAGCCACGCAUCCAGGAUAGAAUUUUAUGGAGAAAAUUAAGACCCUUUUCAAGGUCUGUAGUUGCCAAUUCCCUAGCCCUUGCUGCUACACCAAGAUAAACGGUUUGAGUUCUUAGGAACCAGGAGGCUGCUGAUGCGAUCAGAGCUUCCAUUCAGCCUUGCCCACAGCUGUCUGGUUUUCCCAUGGAGGAAACAUUGGUUGUCAGCUGACGCAGGAGGCAGCCUGUUCUUAUCCUUGGAGCUGAUCAGUAACUGACAGCUACAGCAGGAGCCCAGACCAAAUCCUUUAUGGAAAUGCACUUUCCUGAGCAACGGAAGAGCCACAACUGGACGAAAGUCUCAAAGCUUGGGGCUGGCAGUGGGGUGCCUGUCAUCCACACUAACCUCCCUCGUAAGCCAGGAUAAAAAGUAUCCUGAGACAGAAUCACUCGCGCUGCUCUUGCCCAUAGCUCUGUUGUGGGUCCCCUCUAGCAGUGAAGGUGGAAUCGAGGGAGUUGCUGUUGUGGCAGGACUGCUGCUCUGAGCUGUAUCCCACGCACACUUUGCGUUCAACUUUUUUUCUGUGUGGAACCUGCAGCCUUUCUCAGACUCUUAACCUUGCGUGACUGACAGAGCAGGAUCUGGAAUAGUGGGCACACUGAUUUUUUUUCUUUCUGAUAAAAGCAGAAGACGUGGUUUUAAAAACAGUUUGACUUCAAUGGAUUUAUUCUGGGGCUGUGCUCUUAAUUCCAUUCCCAGGACUUGUAUGUUUUGCUGUUUUGAACUGGUUUGUUUCUGUCCACCUUUCUCCAAAGUCCCCUUCUGGUUCUUGUACCUCCCUCUGUAACACACAGGUACUGUGUAAAAUUAUAUUUUCAU